UAAAUAUGGAAUCAGGACAACAUGGGUAGAAUUGCAGAAACCUCGAAAGUUUGCUCCAAAGGUAUACCAUGAGUACAGCAAACCCUCAUCAACUUCAUGUAUACUUUCUGCCAAUGAUGGCCCCUGGCCACACUAUCCCAAUGAUAGACAUCGCCAGGCAAUUUGCUAGGAACGGGGCUAAAGCCACCAUUAUUUCAACACCCCUCAAUGCAUCCCACUUCUCUCAAACAAUUGAAAGAGACAGAAAAAUUGGCCUGGAAAUCAGUAUUUCCCUCAUCGAAUUCCCCUGCCAGGAAGCAGGGCUGCCGGAGGGCUGUGAAAAUCUGUCCUCCAUCACCACCCCGGAAAUGGUCCGGAAUUUUUGCAGGGCCAUGGAUUUGCUCCAAGAACCUGUUGAGAAGCUUUUGCGAGAAAACCAUCCGGAUGCGAUUGUUGCAGGGCUUUUCUUCUGGUGGGCUAACGAUCUAGCCCAGAAGUUUAACAUUCCACGGCUGCAGUUUUACGGGACUGGCUUCUUCCCCAUGUGCCUUUACCACACCCUGAAAGAACACAAACCACACGAAAACGUUGAAUCGGAGUGUGAAGAAUUCGUCAUGCCUGGCUUACCAGACGAGGUAAAAUUAACGAGACGACAGCUCUCGGAGGAGACGAAGGACGAAGAUAAGAGCCCAUUUGCUGAGAUAUUGAGAAAGAUUGCGGCAUCACAAUCAACAAGCUUAGGGAUUAUCGUAAACAGCUUUUACGAGCUAGAGCCUGCUUAUGCCAGACACUACAGGGAGGUCAUCGGGAGAAAAGCGUGGCACGUCGGUCCUGUUUCACUUUUCAAUAAGAGCAAUGUGGAUAAAACUCAUAGAGGCCUGGAACACCUCUCAAGUGAUGAUAACUGCUUGAGCUGGCUUAACUCCAAGAAACCAAACUCUGUUGUGUAUGUAUGCUUUGGUAGCAUGGCGACCUUUUCGGCUGCUCAGCUGCUUGAGAUUGCAAAGGGGCUUGAAUCUUCAGGCCAAGAAUUCGUAUGGGUGGUCAGAGAAAAGGCGAAGGACAAAGGAAAAGUCAACUGGCUCCCGGAUGGAUUUGAGAGCAGAAUUCAGGGCCGAGGCUUGAUUAUCAACGGGUGGGCACCCCAAGUACUGAUUCUUGAACAUGAAGCUGUCGGCGGUUUUGUUACACACUGCGGAUGGAACUCGAUUCUUGAAGGAGUGACAGCAGGCGUGCCGAUGGUCACAUGGCCGCUCUCGGCUGAGCAGUUUUUAAAUGAGAAGCUGGUGACAGAGAUCCUGAAGACGGGAACUCCGGUGGGCGCUCAGGAGUGGACGAGAAGAACAGAUGAUCAGAAAGAGACAAUAACGGGAGAUGACAUAGAGAAAGCGGUGGUGAAACUGAUGGUUGGAGAAGAAGGUGAAAGAAUGAGAAUCCGGGCGAGAGAAUUAGGAGACAUGGCGAAAAGGGCUGUUGAGAAAGGGGGAUCAUCGGACGCUGAUUUGAAGUCUUUAAUGGAAGAAAUCAGGAAUUAUCAUCCUUGAGGCAAACAUGUUGAAUUUAGCUCAAGUUCCACCAUCCUCUUCACUGACUGCAACCUCAUCUUCUAGCUCUGUUUCUACUGCUCUGUUUCUGCAAUAAG